GUUGACUUUGGAGAAGGGUGAGAAUUACUGUGUUGGAGAUCACCAUUGCCAAGAGGUGGGCAUUAAAAAGAACCUGGAGAACUGUUCAGUUGAUCCUAACAUUCCCCAUCUGAUUCAAAAGAAAAUGGCAUCAACCAUCUCAGAUUCAGCGACGAUGAGAUGUGCGCUUGUAACCGGAGCAAGUAAAGGAAUUGGAUUAGAGAUAUGCAGACAGUUAGCUUCUAAUGGAGUCAUGGUGGUAUUAACAGCUAGAGAUGAGAAGAGGGGUCUUGAAGCUGUGGCAAAGCUUCAUGAAUCUAGCCUGUCUAAUGUAGUUUUUCAUCAGCUUGAUGUGAUGGAUGCCAAGAGUAUCACUACCUUGGCAAAAUUCAUUGUGACCCGUUAUGGGAAGCUUGAUAUUUUAGUGAAUAAUGCAGGGGUUAGUGGAGCCAUUAUCGACUGGGAAGCAUUUAAGACCUUAAACCUUGAGGAUAGUAAGAAUGAUGCUAAUGUAGCAGAAUCGGUGAGUAAAGUCUUAACGCAAACUUAUGAGUUGGCUGAAGAAAGUGUAAAAACAAACUACUAUGGUACCAGAGCAGUGACUGAGGCCCUUCUUCCAUGCCUUCUGCUAUCAAAUUCAGGAAGAAUUGUGAAUGUGUCUGCAGGUCUUGGAAAGCUUGAGUUUGUCUCCAAUGAAAGGGUUAGAAUGGAGCUAAAUGAUGUUGAUGUACUCUCAGCAGAGAGAUUAGAUGAGAUAGUGAAUGAAUUCCUCAAUGAUGUUAAGGAGGACAGGUUACAUGACAGAGGCUGGCCAACUCAGACAUCUGCAUAUACAAUCUCCAAAGCAGCCGUGAAUGCCUACACAAGGAUUGUUGCCAAAUCAUACCCAAGUCUCCUCAUAAAUUGCGUCUGUCCUGGUUUCGUCAAAACUGAUAUAAAUUCCAACACCGGUUUCUUUCCUGUUGAAGUGGGUGCCAAAGGCCCUGUUAUGUUGGCUUUGCUUCCAGAGGGAGGACCUUCUGGCCUCUUUUUCGAAAAGAUGGAGGCAUCAGCCUUUUGAUCAUAAGUCAGUUAUAAGAACGAGUUGGUUUUCCGCUUUAUGCAUUUCCUAUGGUCGUAUUUGUAAGGUUAUCGAAGUUUCCUAUGCUUUGCUGAGACAAUUGGGUGAUAGCUGUGAAAUUUCUCUUGUAUUCGGUGUAAUAAUUGUGAACUUUAGCUCUCUGUGUGAAAUUGAUGAUCCUUUUAAAGUAAGAAGUAGGAAACCAGCCUCAUCCCUUA